UUCAUGAUCUACUGUGAAAAAAGAUAGUGUCCUGAAUUCGGGUUUGCAACCACAUUGUGUUGAUCAUUCUUAAUAUAAAGGCAUUGUACAAAACCUAUUUCAAACUAAGGACUAAUGCUCAAGCUGCCUGCACAGAAACAUUGGCAGGCGUCUUAUCAAAAGGUUUUGAAGGUCAACAAACAUUGUAUGCUGCUUUAAUAUUAACAGUUGCUUAAAGGUUAUCCAUCAUAUAAUUCAAGACAUCCUUAAGAUAAAGAAACAGAAAAUUACUGGUCAGUACUGCAGUACAGAUAUAUAAAUAGGAUACAAUUUCCGUGUUUUUCAGACAGUCACAAUGAUCAGCCUGCUUUUAACAAGUCUUCUGGUAGCUAGCGCCUACAGCUGUGGCGUACCUUCAAACAAACCAAAUUUGUCUGGUAAAGUCGUUGGAGGUGUUGAAGCAAUUCCAAACAGCUGGCCAUGGCAGAUUUCUCUCCAGAUUAACAAAGAUGGUCAAUGGUAUCACACAUGUGGGGGCUCUUUGAUUGAUCCCUGGUGGGUCCUUACAGCAGCGCACUGCAUUAACCAGAAAAAUCAAUACCGAGUUGCCCUGGGUAAGCAUAAUCUACUCCUGGAAGAACAGGGCUCCCUAGCAAUUGCUGCAGACAAGUUAUUCCCUCACAAUAAAUUUAGCAUGAUCUUUGCAGCCAAUGGUUAUGACAUCGCUCUUGUUAAGCUUGCUGAGCCAGUGACAACCACAGAUGAAAUUGAAUUUGGAUGUAUCCCACAGGAAGAAGUCAUCCUUCCUCACAACUAUCCCUGUUACGUCACUGGCUGGGGCCUUCUGCAAGCCGGUGGCACUGUAUCAGAAACCCUACAACAGGCUCAACUACCUGUGGUCAACUAUGAAACAUGUUCUAAGCUGGGUUGGUGGGCAACCAAUGUCAAGAAAACCAUGGUCUGUGCAGGGGGAGAUGGAGUUGUAUCAGGGUGCAAUGGUGACUCAGGCGGACCUCUGAACUGUCAAAAUGAAGAAGGCACCUGGGAGGUACAUGGCAUUGUCAGCUUUGGAUCUCCAUUGUGCAGUCAGAAAAAUAAGCCAACAGUUUUCACACGUGUAUCUGCAUACAACAGCUGGAUCAAUGAGAUCAUGACAAACAACUGAAAACCUCAUCUGAAUGAACCUAAGGGUUUUUGUACUUUCAAUAAACUACCUUAACAGA